AUGGACUCGCACAGCAGCGCACAAGCGUCACGGCGAUCCUCACACGCCGCAGCCAACAACGGAGCCACUGCAAAGCACGAAUUUCAGGCCGUAGCACCGACACGACACAUCGAGCGGCAACAGCGCCUACGAGAGAAGAAGCAUGAGCUGGGUAUAGCGCUAUCGGAGAUUUUCCUGGGCAUCGCGAUUGAGCGGAAGAGUGAUUCCAAGGUCGAUAUCGGGUUUGCUUGUCAUGAUGGCACGUAUAGCAUUGACUUCGCGGGGCAUACGCUCCGUACGGAUGGGACGGACUCGCAUGGUGAUAGGGCUGCGUGUCCGACGAAGUUACCGGAGGACUAUGAGGCGACCAACUCGUAUACAUUUGUGGGAGUCGGACUGUCACAAGAAGUUCUCGACAUCAAUCCGCAGAUCGCGCCGAGGUUGUGGUUGGAGCUUGAUAUCGUGCCCCUAUUGAUUAAGGUGGAGGAAGGUGGCAGUCUGCACACCGCCUCUCAGAUUGAUGGCGUGGACGAGUUGGCGGACUCGAUGGCGAGGAAGUGUCUGAUGUUCUUCGGUCCCAGCUUCCAGCCGCGAGUGCAGGUCGGCUUCAGCAAUAAGGUCGAAGUCGACCUGGCAAAUCGCGCACGCUUAACAUCGAUCGAAGACUACAAGCGCACGGUUAGCGAGAGGACAUGGAGUGCCGUCACCAAGUAUGCUGCCGCACUGAAAGAGCGCAAGGUCAAGAUUGCAUUCUUCUCUGCCACGCCGCAGGGUGGAUGGGUUGCGCUGAUGCGACAUGCUCUGAUUCGAUUCUACACAUUGCUAGGUGUGGACUGCACUUGGUGGGUGCCAAAGCCCAAGCCCGAGAUCUUUCGCAUCACCAAGACAAACCACAACAUCCUCCAAGCAGUUGCCGGCGACGAUGAGCGACUCUCAGACGAGCAGGCUUCGGCGAUCCAUGACUGGGUCCAGAUGAAUGCAGAUCGAUUCUGGCUCAGGGACAAGGGCCCGCUGCAGCCUCGUUCAGAAGGUGGCGCCGAUGUGAUCAUUGUGGAUGAUCCGCAAAUGCCCAACAUUGUGGACAUCUCGAAGAAGGCCGAUCCUGAACACCCUGUCAUCUUCCGCUCCCACAUCCAGAUUCAAGCUGAUCUGGCUGAUACCCCUGGCACACCUACCGCUGGCGUAUGGGACUGGUUGUGGCAAAGUGUAAAGCACGCCGACCUUUUCAUCGCCCAUCCUGUCAGCGCUUUCGUGCCUAAACAUGUCAACAGGCGGGCUCUGGCGUACAUGCCUGCGACGACCGAUUGGCUCGAUGGCCUUAAUAAGGAGAUUCGCGACUUUGGCAAUGAGUAUUACCUCCACGAGUUCAACACGGAAUGUGUUCGCCAGCGGAUGAAUACCCUACAAUACCCUAAGCGCGAUUACAUUGUGCAGAUCGCACGCUUCGAUCCAUCAAAAGGCAUUCCGGAUGUUCUCGCCAGCUAUGCCGAGUUGCGCCGUAAUUCUGAACAUUGCAGAGAUAAGAAGGCAGAUGAGACGCCGCAGCUCGUCGUCGCUGAUCACUACUCUGUCGACGAUCCUGACGGCGUCCGAGUGCUUAACCAAACUCUCGAACUCCUCGAUGGCGAGUACAGCGACAUCAAAGACAGCGUAGUCGUCAUGCGCCUAGGCCCCACCGACCAACUCCUCAACGUCCUAAUGCAAAAUGCUCGCGUGGCCCUCCAGCUCUCCACCCGGGAAGGUUUCGAGGUGAAAGUCUCCGAAGGACUACACAAAGGCGUUCCCGUCAUAGUCACCAAAGCUGGUGGAAUCCCGCUCCAAGUCCAGCCUGAAAAGUCGGGAUUUCUGGUUGAGACGGGGGACUACAAGGCUGUGGCGAAGUAUUUGGAUGUGCUGUUUAGCGAUGAGGAGCGGUAUCAGGAGAUGAGUCAGUUUGCGGCGAGUCAUGUGAGUGAUGAGGUGGGGACGGUGGGGAAUGCGGUGAAUUGGAUGUAUCUGGCGGAUCAGCUGAGUAGAGGGGAGAGGGUCGAGCCGGGUGGAAGGUGGAUUUGGGAUCUGGUUAGGGAUCUAGUUGGGGAGGGGAGGGAGGAGGGUGAGGUUAGGUUGCCGAGGAAUUGGACGACGUAG